CACUGACGUGCUAUUUUGCGUUACCUCAGAGACGGCCAGUCAAUGGAGUCAAACGGUCACGCAAAACGAGGCCGUAGCAGAUGCAAAGGGGAUUUUUAAGUCGAAAUAGCGCAUCGGUCGCAGAUAAAUGCCGCCAAGACUGCCAUGACCGCGAAGAAAUAGUUUUAUGCGAACCCGCUGGCCUGUUUGCAGCUGACGCGCCGCGUACCAACACAAAGGCCUUAGCGUUAGCUCCUCGGCUAACUUCCUAGCAAGUGGUUUAACGCCGACCUCAGCUGCAGCGAAUUAACAGGCGUGUCAUUUUAAUGUUUUAUCCGUAAAGCAGUUAAGCUUUUCUACUUACUUUGAGCCUGUUUUUUUUUUCUUUUGCUUCUCCACGACAAUGGCUGAACAGAGUGCAGUGGUCAUGCAACAGAAUUUGGACAGGAGCUGCUGGGUGUGCUUCGCCACGGACGAGGAUGACCGCACGGCAGAGUGGGUGCGUCCGUGUCGCUGCCGCGGCUCCACCAAGUGGGUUCACCAGUCCUGCCUGCAGCGCUGGGUGGACGAGAAGCAGCGGGGCAACAGCACGGCGCGAGUGGCCUGCCCGCAAUGCAACGCAGAGUACCUCAUCGUCUUCCCCAAACUAGGUCCCGUGGUCUACGUCCUGGACCUGGCUGACCGGCUCAUCUCUAAGGCCGGCCCCUUUGCUGCUGCAGGCAUCAUGGUGGGCUCCAUCUACUGGACGGCGGUCACGUACGGAGCUGUCACCGUAAUGCAGGUGGUGGGACACAAGGAGGGCCUGGACGUCAUGGAGCGGGCCGACCCUCUGUUCCUGCUCAUCGGGCUGCCCACCAUCCCGGUCAUGCUCAUCCUGGGCAAGAUGAUCCGCUGGGAGGACUACGUCCUGCGUCUGUGGAGGAAAUACUCCAACAAGCUGCAGAUCCUCAACAGCAUCUUCCCAGGGAUCGGCUGCCCCGUCCCCCGGAUCCCCGCCGAGGCCAGCCCCCUGGCGGACCACGUGUCGGCCACGCGGAUCCUGUGCGGCGCCCUGGUUUUCCCCACCAUCGCCACCAUCGUGGGGAAGCUCAUGUUCAGCAGCGUCAACUCCAACCUGCAGAGGACCAUCCUGGGGGGCAUCGCCUUCGUGGCCAUCAAGGGGGCGUUCAAGGUGUACUUCAAACAGCAGCAGUACCUGAGGCAAGCCCACCGCAAGAUCCUCAACUUCCCCGAGCAAGAGGAGGCCUGAGGAGGAGGAGGAGGAGGAGGAGGCCACAGAGUCUGGAGGAGUGAGGAGUGAGGAUGGACGAACCACACGCCUCAGGAGGGGGGAGAGGAGGGAGGCUUCAUGAACUCGAUGAGCAGGAAGUGCUGGUGAAACAGACUUGGAAUCAGUGUCACCCUCAUUACCUUCCCCUCCCUGCACCUCACCCCCACCCCCACCCUCACCCGACUCGUCAUGGAGCGACUCAUCACACCCACGCAAGCAUCUCCUCCACACGCUGUUUCCUUUUUUUUUUUUUUUUAAACCGCUUUUCAUGAGGUGAACACGGAUCAGACGGGAGCACGUUCAGAGUCGGCGCGCCGCUCCACGUCUGCACACGUCUCUGCGACGGCGGCUGGAUGUGCUUCAACAAUCACCCGAGUAACACUUCAUGUAAACUUAACUGUAUUUUAAAAGAGAAAGAGAGGGAAGAAAAUGCGGGGCAUGUGUAAUUAGAGUUUUAUAAUACUACUAAUAAUAAAUGAUUGUUUUAUAAUGUUUGUUUUGAAGCGUCCCCUUUGCCAUUGUCGGGGGUUUCUAUUGAAUGAUGUCCAGUGUUUGGAAUGUAUUAAUGAGAAAACAAUAAAAAUGUGUUUAACAGUUGUUGAUCAUGAUGCAGUAGAGUACAAACAAAAAAACCACAACCAGGAGGCGUUUAGGGAACACACGGGGAUCAGAGGAGGCCAUGUUUUUUUUUAAUCUCUACAUUCACAUAGACUCAGUUUGACGGCUCGAGCCCGUCGCCGUGACGAUACUACAGAUGUUUCAAGAUGUUGGACUGACCAGCUUUAUUUUUACUUUUACUUUCUCGUGUGGUUCUCAUUGACAUUCAACUCGGCACUUUUCACUGGUGGAUGUUCGCCGAUGCUAGACACAACCUUUUCUGUUUGGAAUUUUUUUUUUUGAUGAUGAUGAAGGGAUUUUACUUUUGAAUCUUUUCUGCCCCUCAUGUGAUGAUGGGACUGCCGUGUUGCCUGACUGUGACUGUGGCCUUCAGCUCGGUUCAGACCGUUGUGUAAUUACCAGGAAAGAUGCUCGUGUGGCUGUGAGAGUCAGUUCAAACAGACAACAAGUGGGAAGCGGGAAGCCAGCCCUUCCCUAAAUCUGUUCAGUAUUUCUAAAUUAAAAGGGGGGGGAAAUGUAUAUUUAAUAUUUAAAUGCAACAGAAUUAAAUUGGUGCAUUAGUGGAAGUCUGAAAACAGCUCACUUGCUGCACCUGCAUGGGCUUGUUGUCAUUUUUUUUGUGAACUGACCUUGCAUGAUGUGAUAAUUUCCUUUGCAAACGCGGCAGCCGGCUUGGAGACGACCCUCUAAGCCGCUGCUGCUCCGACGAAAAAGGCACGACGACUAUUUAACCUGCACAUGUGACCCAGGCGUACAUUCACCCUCUGCCAAAAAACAAAAAAAAAAAAAGAAAGGCGCUCAAGUGUGAACUGUGCUGUAGAGAAGUUGCUUCUGAUUGUCGACGUCUAUGGUGUCGGUUCUGUGAAUAAAUGUAUUUUUCCACA